AUGAACUCAGCACGACUUUCCCUCCGGCAUCUGGCCCAAGCGGCCCCAGCCCUCCGACCUGCCGGCGCUUUCCACAUUCCAACAAAUCAAUUACAGUGUCGUCUACAGUCCACUUCUUCCAAAGCGAUACCCAGAUUCGCUCAAACGUCACUAUGGACAUCGAUGAUUCCCAAGUUUAUCCGGAACCGCGGCGCUAAAGAAACCAAGCCGUAUAAGCCGAAAUCCAAAGAAUGGAACCCCGCAAGUUUCUACAUCAUCAUCUUCAUCUUGAUCGGAUCCCAGGCUAUCCGGAUGAUCGCAUUGAAGAACGACUAUGCGGCGUACAUACGAUCAACAGAUGCGAAGAUUAGGCUUCUUCGGGAGGUCAUAGAGAGGGUGAAUAAUGGGGAGAAGGUUGAUGUGGAGAAACUGUUGGGCACUGGAGAUGAGGCGAAGGAACGAGAAUGGGAGGAAGUACUACGCGAGAUCGAAGCAGAAGAUUCAUUGUGGCAUCGCAAGGCGGCCGCGUCGGAAGCUCAGCAAGAGCAGGUCGAGGAGCCAAAACAAUCGAUUAUGAAGUCAAUCAUUAAAGAUCCUGCUGUACCUGCAGAGGGACCUCAGGAUAAAGGUUUACCUGCGGAUAGCCCGUCAAAGAAGAAGCUCAACUUCUUUUAA